AUGACAAAAGAAUUGCUUGAGGAUAGUGAAAUUAUUAAUAUGCUUCAGGCUGAUAAUAUGAUAGAAAAUGACAUACUUAAUUUGAAUAAGGAAAAUGAAGAAUUUCUACCACCUCUCAUAUCUGUAAUGGAA